CGUACGUUUAACAGUAUCGAGAACAGGUGAGGAGGAUAAGGAAAAAAAAGGUUCACCAAGGUCAAUUGAAGGAAUAGUCGAUCAGAGAGAGAGAGAGAGAGAGAGUCGAAGAGAUCUAUCUGCUUUGACACAGAUUCACAGAUCUCUCUCUCGCUCUCGUUUUCGAGUCCUCUCGUCACAGAUGGGUCCGUGGGAAGCUUUCCUCAAUUGGCUUCGAAGCCUUUUCUUCAAGCAGGAAAUGGAGCUUUCUUUAAUUGGGCUUCAGAAUGCUGGAAAAACUUCACUUGUGAAUGUUGUUGCAACUGGUGGAUACAGCGAGGACAUGAUUCCUACAGUAGGAUUCAAUAUGCGCAAGGUCACAAAAGGAAAUGUCACAAUAAAGUUGUGGGAUCUUGGAGGUCAACCUAGAUUUCGUAGCAUGUGGGAGAGAUACUGUCGUGCAGUUUCUGCUAUUGUUUAUGUUGUUGACGCUGCAGAUCAUGACAACCUCAGCAUCUCAAGGAGUGAACUGCAUGAUUUGCUGAACAAAUCUUCACUGAGUGGAAUUCCUCUGCUGGUAUUGGGAAAUAAGAUUGAUAAGCCUGGUGCUCUUUCUAAGCAGGCAUUGACUGAUCAGAUGGAUUUGAAAUCUAUAACGGACAGAGAGGUAUGCUGCUUUAUGAUCUCAUGCAAGAACUCUACAAACAUUGACUCGGUCAUUGAUUGGCUUGUCAAGCAUUCCAAAUCGAAGAGCUGAGCAAUUGGCACUAUGCUUGUAAUUUGGAUGUGUGUGUGUCAUUGGUGGUAGUCGGUGAGAUUGGCUCAUCUUUAAUUUGGUUGCUGAUUGUCUUAUUGCUGUUAUCUUCUGGUUCGCUAUGCAUUGUACAUUAAGUUAUUUCUACCUGAUUGAGGCUGCCCAUUCUAGUAUAUGAUCUGCUGAUCUAAAUCAGGUAAAUGGUAUUUUUGUUGAUGUACAUGGAUGAUUUUGGUUUUACAUGAUCUUCAACGAAGUUGAGAAAUGUUCUAUGGAAAAGCGAUAUGUAAUGAUUCGAAAUUGCGAGGACUGGUUUGGUAUGAGAGAACCAAAAAUUUUAAAGUUGUGUAUAAUUAACUAGUUUCCAGUUGUCCAACAGAGAUUAAGGCUUAACUGGACCUAGAUAAUCGUCAGACACGACAAUUACCACGAAACCGAGUUUCAACAUGCCACAAUCUCUCUAGAACUGCAUUGAUGUAGUCUUGGCAGUCGCCUAGUUGCACUUGUACCUCUAUCAUGGCAAGAGAAACAUCUGAACCAGUUGUCACGUACAUGAAAAUCAAUUUUGAUACUUCAAAUUUUACAGGAAUGCAUUUCUUAGAGCUGCACAAGAAGGAUCUCGAGCUGGGGAUGAAGGAAUUUUGAAACUGUUGGAGAUAUAAUAG